AUGCUAUACAUCGUCGGGUUGGGAUUGAGUGAUGAGAGGGACAUUACUGUCAAGGGUCUUGAUGCCGUCAAAAAGUCUGCCAGGGUAUACUUAGAGUCAUAUACUUCGAUACUAAUGUGCCCGAUCGAGACUUUGGAAGCUUUUUACGAGCGAAAAGUCAUCACCGCAACCAGAGAAAUGGUUGAGCUCCAGGCGGAUGAGAUUUUGCAAGGUGCCGACAAACUGGACGUUGCUUUUCUGGUUGUAGGCGAUCCUCUAGGUGCUACCACUCAUUCCGACUUGAUCUUGCGCGCCCGCUCUCUUAAUAUUCCGACACAGGUGAUACACAAUGCCUCAAUUCUCACCGCUCUCGGAUCUACAGGCCUCCAAAUGUACUCUUUCGGUCAGACAAUCAGCUUGCCAUUCUACACGAGCACCUGGGCUCCCGAUAGCUGGUAUGAUCGACUGGAGGAGAACCUCAGGGUGGGUCUGCAUACACUUGUGUUGCUAGACAUCAAAGUCCGGGAGCAGAGCGAAGAGAACAUGGCCAGGGGCCGCUUGAUUUACGAACCGCCCAGAUUCAUGUCACCCCACACCGCUUUCCAACAGAUUCUCCAGACACUAUCAACUCGACAUGCCCGGAGAGCGCCGCCGUCGGACUCGCUUUCCAAUCGAACACUCGCCCUGUCCCUGUCGCGAGUUGGUACUCCUACGCAGCGCAUCAUCGCCGGCACUCUCGCUGAACUCGCGGGCCUGCCGGAGGAAGAUUCUGGGCCGCCUUUACACAGCUUAGUAAUCGUUGGGAAGAGGCUGCAUCCGCUUGAACUGGAAUACGCAGGUCAAUUCUGCGUUGGUGGUAGAAAUGGACAGUGGUGGACAGUUGGGCAGCAGGCAUAUGGAGUCGCAAGGGAGACGGAUACAUGA